AUGCAUAAGAGUGAAGAAGAUACCUUGAGCCUCAAUGAUGAGGAAUUAAAAUCGACUCAUAUCGGGGAGUUACAACAAGAGCGCGAGCAAAUUAAAGCUAGUUUGCGUAGAUUUGUUGGGUUUCUGGAUAAUUUCACGGUGGAUAAAAUCGAGAAUUUAGAAUUGAGGUUAAAAAAAAUCGAAGAGUCAGUUUUAAGAGAUUUCAAUGCAGUUCAAAAAGCUUUGGAAAAGGCUGAUCUCACCGAAAAGGAGAUAAGACAAUGGCACAAAGGUUUCCUAAAGGAUUGUCCCAACGGGUUGCUAACAGAACAGGGCUUCAUCAAAAUCUACAAACAGUUCUUCCCGCAAGGCGAUCCAUCGAAAUUCGCAUCUUUAGUAUUUAGAGUAUUCGACGAAAAUAACGAUGGUUCGAUAGAAUUCGAAGAGUUCAUCAGGGCAUUAUCCGUGACGUCGAGAGGCAACUUAGAUGAAAAAUUACAAUGUAAGUAA